AUGCAAUUGAUCAGACUGGAGAAUCCUCUCGACCACGUUCACAUGGAAUCAAUCAGACUGGACCGGGAGAACCCUCUCGACCACGUCUACGUGAGAUCGAUCAGACUGGAGAACCCUCGCCUAAUCAAGAGGACGACCUUUUACCGGAACCCGUUCCAGGCACCCUUAGUGCGGAAGAAAAGGCUUGUCUGAAAGAUAUCGCAGCCUGGGAGCUUACUCUAUGGGCUAGAAAUCGCGAUUUCUUUCCGGAUGUUACUAUGCUCCCUCCAGACCUACUAACUCGACACUCUUCGUUUAACUGGGUUUCUCCGGUGCAAUAG